CAAAGAUUUUGCUUCGGAACUGUUAAAUUCAGCAGUCACGGAAAGAUUGGAAAGGGAACAGCGCCUAAAAGCAGAACAAGAAAAAGAGCGCCUAAAAGUAGAGCAAGAAGCAGCAUUACAACUUGAGCAAACUGCUUUAGAACGCGAAAAAACAAAAUUAGAACUUGAGAGAGCUCAAUUAGAAAGAGCUAAAAUUCAAGCGGUGGGUAGAGGGUUCGAUACUGGUGUGGAUGGACUAAACGCGAAUUCUAAAUCAUUAGAAUCUCUAAUAAAAAGCGUAAGAACAUUAACUCUUACUGUACCGAGUAGACCGGAAACGUGGAAUUUAUACCUCUUUAGAAAAGGCGUUUAAAAUUAAAAAUGUCGAUGAAGAACUUAAAGUUGAAAUUUUAUUUAAUUUGCUAGGCGAGCGAGCGGCGAAUUUAUUAACAUAUGUAAACGUUGAGGAGAUGAAAGAAUAUAAAAAGGUUAAGAAUAUAAUUCUUAAAGAGUUUCAACCGACACCAGAAGUAUGUUUGGAAAAUUUUUUGUCCGCUGAAAGGUUAAGAAACGAGAAUCAUAUGCAAUUCGCGAGUAGAAUUAGAGCAAAUUGGGAUUUCUACUGCCAACUUAGAAAAGUUAGUAAUUUUGAAAUGCUUAAUGAAUUAAUAGUCAGUGACCGAAUAUUGAAUGCAUUAGAUCCAGAAGCGCGAAGUUAUAUUAAAAUUAAGCAGUUAGAUACGUGGUUCCGACCGAAACAAAUAGCGGAGCUCUGUGACAAUUGGUUCACUUCGAAAGGUAGAACUUUUUCAGAGUUAUACGAUAAACCGACAAACAAAUUCCGUAAUCAGAUAGAAACUGGAUUCCCAAAUAAUUCAGGUGGAAAAUAUGUCCCGCCUCAUAUGAGAAAUUUUAAUGAUAAAAAUACGAGUUCGGGAAAAGAAUGUAAAUUAUGUAAACAAAUCGUUCAUUUACGUUAUUGUCCUAACAGGGAAAAAACGGCAACAAUUCAAUCAAAAAGAGACCCAGCGGUAAGUAAACCCAAAACGGAAGAUAAAUUAAUCGCUAGAGUUAAAACUAAGUAUAUUGACCCGAAUUCAAUUAAAUCUCAACCCUUACAAUAUGAAUACAUUUAUUUGGGAGGAAAAGAAAUUAAAGCCCUCAUUGAUAGUGCCGCAGACAUGCCAAUUUUAAAUUCCAACGAAAUUCCGUUACAUUUAAAAAAUAAUGAUUGCUUGAAAGUUCAUUUAAUAUCAGCAUUUGGAGAAAAUAUAGUAGCGGAUUUACAAGCGUUUUCGAUUUCAUUAAAAUCUGAAUAUCCUAAUAAUUUAAGCAGUAGUGCAGAUGUAUUAUUUUCAGUAACAGACAAAUUAGUCGUUCUUGCAUUUUGA